AACUGCGUUACGUCAACGAAUUCAGACGUAUUACGUCUGAAUCUGAAUUCGUUGAUUACGUGUGUGACAUUACGCUGUUUUUCGAACAACGUAACAUUUUUAUGAGAUUUCGAAGCGACACGUGAGAAAUGUCAUUCUUUAAUUUUUUUCAAAAUCUAUUCGCUGGUGGGAAUAAUCAGCGACCACCAAACGAUAGAUACGAAGAACACUGGGAACCAAGGCACAGUUUUAGAAAUCCUAUUUGGCAAAACGAUGAGGAUGAUGAUGAUGAAAUCGGUGACAAUGAUUUCAGAAAUCCUAGACAUGGUUUUCAUUUCCACAUCUUUAGCGAUCCGCUUCAAAUAACAAAGUUCUUUGAAACAGAGAUGGAUAACAUGUUGAAAGGAUUCUUUUCUGGAUUUGGUCAAGGAGAAAUUACGUCGCCUUUUGGAAAUGACGAGGUAUUCAAAGCUUUGCCACAUGGUAAGCCACAGAGGAAAGAAAAUCUUAGAGACGAAUUUUUAAAGCCUGGAUACGAACAGCCUGCUUUGGAUCAAUCUGGGUUUUCCAAACCCAAGGUCGAUGCUGAUCUAGAUGGAAAAGUCAGCACAGAUGAAUUAAUGAAAGUUUGGACAAAACCUUCAACAUCUCAAGAAAUUCAGACAUAUAGUCCCAAUAGACAAUUCAAUAUUCAAUCUUUCGGUAAGUCUAUAAUCACCAGGAGCAUUCGUAGACCAGAUGGAACAAUGGAACAACAUAGAACUGUAAAAGACAGCGAAGGUAACGAGGAGACAACAGUCACUAGACAGAUUGGAGAUAAAACCCACACAGUGGUAACAAAACUUGAUAAGAACGGUAUUCAAACAACAACAGAAAACCUAGUCAAUAUUGACGAAAACGAACUGAAGGACUUUGAAAAGAAAUGGAGCAUCCAGCCACAACCUCGAAACGAUUUUCCCCUGAGCAAUUUCCCCUGGCACAAAUUCUUUAGUCCGAGUCCAAAAUUGUAACACCAACAAUAGUACCAUAAUUAAGCAGACUGUGAGUUGUGAAAAGUAAUGAUACACUACUAGACUCGAUAGACACAAUAAUAAACUAGUUAUUAUAGAGUUCUACGUAAUACGGGGUAAAUAUAAAUACCAGAAUGAUACAGAGUAUCACAGACGAGCCACCAAAGUCCCAAAUGUUGCAACUAUAAAUUUCUUUAUUUAAUCGUAUAUAUAUAUAUAUAUAUUGUACACGCCACAUAUAUACAGUCUAAUAAAUUCCUAGUCUACAUGUAA